AAUAAAUUAGAGUGCCCACCAGGAUCAGUCCCCAUCAAAAGGGCUAGCAGAGAAGAUCUCAUAAUGGCAAAAUCUAUAAAGUCUUUGGGAUUAAACUAUCCAACAAACAGUCCUUAUCAUGGCAAAAAUGUUGACACUAGGGGCCACCAUUCUGCAGUGCUUGAGCACACAAGCGGAAAUUUCGGGGCGAGAGCGCGCCUAAGUGUAUGGAAUCCCAGUGUUGAAGAAAAUCAGUUUAGCAGUGGUGGAAUGUGGAUUGCAAAUGGCGAUGUAGAUGAGCUAACUAGUAUACAAACAGGAUGGAUAGUUCAUAAAAAUUCAGGAGAAAGCAGAUUGUAUACCUAUUGGACUGCUGAUGGUUAUCAAAAUACUGGCUGCUUUAAUACUCUUUGUGAAGGAUUUGUACACGUUAGCCCGAAAAUAGCCCUUGGCCUUGUUCUACCCCAUUCCGUUGUCAAUGGCUCUCAAUUUGAUGUGCUACUCAGUUUGCAUCUGGACCGAGUUUCGGGACAUUGGUGGCUAAUGUUGGAAGACAAAUACAUCGGUUAUUGGCCAAGGACAGUGAUCCCUGUACUAGGUGGUGGCGCAAGGUUUGUGUCAUGGGGAGGACAGAUCUACAGCCCAUUGAACGUGCUCAGCCCUGCAAUGGGAAGUGGCAAUUACCCUGCAGAUGCUAUCGGAGUAAACUAUGGAAAAACAGCUUAUGUGAGGCAGAUUAAGGUUGUACCUGAUUAUAAGGACAGCGCCAAAUUUGAGGACCCACAAUUAGAGGAUAUUAAGACUUGGGCUGACAAGCCUGUGUGCUACAAGGCCCAAAAGUUUGUGAAUGAAGUUAGAGGUUGGGGCUUUCAAGUUUACUUUGGGGGACCUAGGGGUUGUACUUUUUAG